UGUACAUUGUUACCUUUUAACUGCCCAGGUAGGGGUGGACCCGACACAGCUAUUAGUGAAUAUUGCCGUCAUAUCCGUAAUCCUGUUUGUUAGUUCCUUGUACUUGGUACUAAAACAAAAGACAAAUUUACCACUGAAAUCGAAAUAAUGUCUCCUCCAAAGGUUUCAUUAUCUGGAAAAGAGCCCCUCAAGGCCGUGAACGAUGAAGUAAGCUUUUUGUAUAAUGUUUUAAGUGUCAUGGCAGAAUUCAGUAAUUGUCCGUCACCUUCAAUUUCAGGUACUCUUACUCUAUCGACUACAGACUACAGUCUCUACAGUGGUUCUCUAACUUUUUUGGCCACCGCCACCUUGUGACCAUUAUCUAGCAACGAGCGCACCCCCGUCUUACCCCAACAAGCGUAAUUAAAAUAAAAUUUUGCAAGACCUUCUAUGGUAGAUUACGAAAUAAUUCAAUGUUAACAUAUUCAUAUAUAUUUUUUUAACAAUUAAAGAUUUAAAGUUAAACAAAAUGCAACAAAUUAAAUUGUACUGUAAUAUUUUACACUUUUAAUUUUAACUCUUUCAAUGCAGAAUUUUUUUAAUGAAAAAAAUGUACAUUUAUUCCAAGAGCAAAAGAGAGUGAGUGGUUGGGUUAAAAAAAAAUUUAACACUAUUUUUUUUUUUUGGAUUAUAAUUAUACUCAUACUAGUAGGCCUAUAUUAUUUCAAAUUAUCUGAAACUGCUACUUCGGACGCAUCAUCAUGUGUUGGAUCUGAAUCUAAAUCAUCUUCACUAUCAAUAGGAAUAGUAUGAAUAUGACUAUGUCAUGAGUAUGACUUAUUGACUAUGACACAUUUCCAAAGCUUGUUGAGCUGUACUGUUAAUCGUAUAGGAAAAUUACUCACCCCACAGGGGCCUGGGUUAGCCAUAGCAACAUUAUUGAUCAACAACAAAAAAACAGUGAAGAAUAUAAAAAUAAAAUCUUAUUUCAAAGAACAAAUAAUCCUUUCUUUCUCUCAUAAGCAAUGAUGUCCCACUCCUCUAUGUAAAAGUCUAAUUAAAAAAUAGCCCUUAAAAAGUUUAUCUGAGAAAUAGUAAAGAAAUGACCAUGGUAUUGAAAUGGACCUUAACACUUUUGGGAUAGAGCCUUUUUAGAGUGUCGGUGCCAAGAAGAUGGAGCACUUUUUACAAGCUCUGCACUCUAUUGACUAUUGCAAAAACAUUAUUAAAAAUAGACUUAUUUCUUUACGUGUCAUCUAUGGAGAGAAAGAUUGUUCUAAGUUGCCAAACCCAAAGCUGUCAUACAUGUAGAUUUAUCUAGAGGGUGGUAAAUUUUGUUUCUCUCAAAACACUCUUUUUGAGUUUGCAAUGCUACCACAUUAAGUAUCGUUCAUUGAAUGUAUUAUUUAAUUAUAAUGGGAAGUUAGAAAAUGAUAAAACUUGGUGCUGGUAAUUAUGGCCCUACUUAGUGCAUUCUUGCUCUAAACGGACGAUGUAUAAAACUAUCAACAUUCUUGUAGGAAAUUGACCCAAUACAAUCUUUAUGAAUCAAACUGCAAUCUCAAAAUUUAUUCAAAUGAUUUAUACUGAUUUGCAUAAUUUAUUUGUGUAAUUUUUUCUUAAACAUAGAAUAAACAUGAAUUACUUUUAUAAUUUGGGUGAAUUUUUUGAUGAAUGAAGCCUGAAUAAGUCCUAAUACUUGUGUUUUGGGAAACAAGACCCAUGGAGGCCCUUCAGACACCUUGGAGCAGAAACAAUUGAAUUAUAUUUAGUGUAAAAAAAUAGCAUAAAGUACUCAACCAAGGUGCUUAGGCCAUGAGGCAUAUUUGUAGGCUCUACAUUUUCUAAAAGUUCAUUGGGGUCAUCUCUAUCUAGUUCAGGACCCCUAAUCCUAAACCUAGAGUUCACAACAUUAUCAUUAUCAUGGUUUUGAUUGUCUUCAUUACUUUCCUGGUUGUUUUCAUCAGUGUCAGAUUCACUGCUAGAAAUAUCAGAUUCACUACAGUCAGUAUCACUGUAGACAUUUUGGAAUUUCACCAUGUUACUCUCAACACAAAAAGAAAUUUCUGAAUACAACAAAGAUAAUUAACAAUCAAUGAAGGCUGCCAUUAAAAUACCAGGAUGUGCAUGAAUUGCAAGAAGCUAUUUGUUUAGCUGGUAUAAAGACCAGCCAGCCAAUCUCAAUGGCUUGAAUUAUCGGGCCUGUAGUUUGGUCUUUUGUCUUUUUCGCCAUUCAACCCUGGGCCGAUAUUGGCUCUGCCAUCCCUACAGGGUUAAAGAAGAUUAUUUUCAUUACACAAGUUUUGAAAGCAUUUAUUUUCUAAAUCCGUUGAGGAGCUAUACAAAAGCUUGUACGGCUGUACAACUUGGCAAACAUAUAAAAACUGUACACAGUAUGGGUAAACUGUACACUGUACAGGUUGACAUGUAUUACCGGUACCAUAGAUCUGCUUUAAUUUGUCAUUUGAUAUAUGAUCUUGGCUAUUUACUAAGUUAAAGUAACUUUUAAAAUAAGAUUCUUUUAUUGAUACAAAUAAAUGGAAAUGUUUUUUUUAUUACAUUAUUCUUAUUCAACAUAAAUAAAUACACAUUUUAAUGAAGACAACAUCUUAGAAUUAGAACUAUUUAAACAUAAGACAUCUAAAGUAUUUCUCUAGUGUAAAAAUCAGCCAUUGUAAACCAUAAGACUUAACUCCCUUAGAACAAUAAUGACUUAAUUGGUUAUCGUUUUGAUUUGGUAACCACUGGGGGCGAACACGCUGGUAAAUUCUGACAGACAUGAGAACAAAAGAAUUUUCAGUCCUGACUUUAAGGGGAAGAAUUCACCCUUAUUGAGUUGAUCUUAGGUAUUUGUGAUGAGGAGGGUGGGAUCUAUUUAUCCAAAAUGUUUCACUUUUUACUAUAUUUUUCUUGAAAUAGUUGUUCAAGUGAAGGAUGUUAGUUUUUUUGUGAUGUUACCAGCUGAAUACUUGUGUGACUAGUACUGGGUACUAUUAAAUUUAUUAAUGAUAAGAAAAAAUAUAAAAAUAGUCUUAGGUUGUUUUCCCAGAGAAAUGUAAAACUAUAUGAUGAUAGUGAACUCUGGUAUGGUAGGUAACCCAGGGAAGGGUAUUUAAUAUAGAGGAAAGGGGUGAAAAAAGAGCAAGUGAAAGAAAAUAUUACAUUCAUAGCAUUCAGUGUCAGGGUCCCAUAUGUGUAACAAUAAUACAAAGGUAUCAAAUAAUCAAUGAAUGCAAUUAAAGUAAGUUUUAUUUCAUUACCAUAUCAUAAAGCAGUCAAAAUCUUUUCAUUCUAGUUCUUUCUAACUUUGAGCAAGCUUCUAAAUCAAUCUACCCACAUUUUAAGUCAUGCAAAAUGAUUAUUCUUAAUCAUAUGUGAAACUUUUAUUGUGCAUUAUGUUUUUAACUGAAGUGUAAAUGUCUCAUGAAAAUUUGAUACCAUUAUCUUUAAAAAUUGUGUGCAAAACAGUGCAGUAAGUAUUAAAAUUAUGGUGUAUCUUUUAUGGCAAUUGGACACUAUAAAAUUUCAGUCCUAAAAUCUUCUAAAACCAUUUUCUAAAAAGACAGCAUAGUGAGUUGGACAUUCCAUAUGUUUCUAAGUACACUGUGACCGUGUUAAUCUUAGACAUUUGUUCAUAUUAUAUUUAUUUACACUUACCUUGCAAUAUCUCAUAUUUAAGUCACACUUGACUUGAAAUGAUAAAGUUUUUUCUAUAUAUAUGUAUAUCUUGAAAUAGCAGUUAAUUUUUGUAAUUUUUUAUAGUGUUCUUUUGAUUAAAAACUAUAUUGUUCAUUUGAUAUAAAAAACUUGUGAAUGAAAUUUGUUUAGGUUCUGCCAGAAAAGGGUGAUGGACUUGAGUUUCCCUCUGUGAUCAAUAUUGAGACUGACCGUCGUGUCAUCACUCUUCGCCAGCAACGAAAACAACGUAGAUGCCGAAGGAUUGUAUGUGGUGCUGCACUUGUUAUCAUUGUGGCUGUAGCUGCCCUUGCUACAAUGUUGCUUGUACUUCACUUCCGUCAUAACCAUCGCAAAGUAAGAAUUUAGAGUUACUGUAUUUCUCUUGGGAAAUAAAAUGGGGGAGCUCAUUGUUUUUUCACUCAAGAAAUCUAACAAGUACACCCCUCUAAUUAGAUAUAAUUUAAUUUUUUAUUUUAAAGAGCUGGGAAUGUCUCAUACUAUUUUUUUAUUUUAAAGAGCUGGGAAUGUCGCAGACGUGGUGUUCCUGAAACUGUACAGGUGGAUCAUGAGAAUCAACUCAUUUAUGCUAAACAUGAUCACGACAAAGAUUCUAACACACGAGCUUUAGAUGUUCUUCAUGAAUAUGACAGAGUAAGUCAAUUGUUUUGCUCUAUUAUUUGUUUCUUUAACUUAAUAGCAUAUUUUAUUUUUUAAAAUUUGAGCUGUUAAUUUUAAUGCCUUAUAAUGAUUAUAAAGGGAAUUAUAAUUAUCUGCUCAAAUAUUUAAAAAAUUUCACUAAAGAUUAUUUAAUUUGCUGCAUUGAUAAAUUAGGUGUUGGUAAGUAGCAGUCAUUAGCAAGUUGUUAAUUACAGUACUGAGUAAUUGCUAUGUUCAUUAUUUGUUUUGAAUAAUAUAGAGAAACUCUAGGAAACAUUUUUUAAACAUUUACUGGAAAAGGCUUAGGAAAUGAACAAUUACUAUUUUGGAGAAAAAUAAACAAAAAGAGCUUUGGAUGACCUUAUGUAGUAUUUUAGAAAAUGUUUUUUUUUUUGGUAUUUAUUCAUUAUAAUUUGUACUUAAGAUAUUAACUCAAAAGGAAUAUAUACUACCUUUAAAUUGCCAUGAAAACGAGGUCUUAAAUUGGAGGGGUCUUAAAAAUCAGGUAGGACAUUUUAGAAAAACGACAUUUAGAAGUUUAAGUAAAAUAAAUUUUAAAAAGUACACAUACCAUUAAGUACGGGCAAUAUCUUCCAUCUUUCUUUCAGAAAUAUAGAUAACUCUGUCUCACAACCAAUACAGUCACUAUCUUCCUGUUCCUCAUUAAUUUCUAAAUAAAAAAUCAAUGCUGGUAUGGUAAUUGUUUAAAAGCGUGUGUAAGUGUCGAGUGCAUGCGUAGAGUUAUAACUAUUUAUGUAUAAGAUAAGCGAAUUAAUAUUGUUGUAAUUAUUUUUAUUCAAUCAUUGAAUAGUUUUUUAUUUUUGAAAGAAAGCUAUUUCACUACUUCCUAGCUGCUUUAGUGCAUCGUCUGCUGUUAAAUGUAGUAAAGCAACUGUUUUCUUCAAGCGCACAAAUAUAGCAUUGCUUUAGAAUCUGACUUUUUCAGGUGCUAGGUCGUAAAAUUGAAUUAUUUGAAGUUCGCGUUUUAGAGGAGGUCGUUUAAGAGAGAUCACUUAUAUAUUAAAAAGCAUUGGUGAAUAUUUUUCCGGUCUUAUGUUGGAGAAAGUUGUUUAAGAGAGGGUCUCAAAACAGAGGUUUUACUGUAUAUGAUUAUCAUUUUUGUCCUUAAGCCACACUUUAUAUUCAACAUUUAAAAAAAAAGAAUGAUAUAUAUUCUUUGUUUUGUUGUCUAGGGUCUGAUUGCCUUCAGAGAUAACGACAACAACAUGUGCUACAUUGAUCGCCUUGAUGAAACAUUUGAGGAGGGAUAUCAACGUUGGGAGUCAUAUGAGGUAAAUAAUACAAAUCUAUAAAUUAAUUCAACUCGUGUAUAAUUUAAAAAGAAAAGUGUGAAAAAAUAUUUCUUGAAAUCUUUUUACAAUAUAUAAUGUAGUAUUGUUGAAAAACAGACAUAUAUUAUAAGCUUUUUUUUUUUUUUUUAAAUUUUUUCUGCCACCCUUUUUUGUGUGUACUUCCAUGAAAAAUUUAUAUUUUAGGCAAGCGAAAAAUUUAAAAAGAAAAGUGUGAAAAAAUAUUUCUUGAAAUCUUUUUACAAUAUAUAAUGUAGUAUUGUUGAAAAACAGACAUAUAUUAUAAGCUUUUUUUUUUUUUUUUUAAAUUAUUUCUGCCACCCUUUUUUGUGUGUACUUCCAUGAAAAAUUUAUAUUUUAGGCAAGCGAACACAAUGAAACUAGAGCUCUGAAAGUGAUUAGUGGAAAAAUUGAGCUCGAGGUGAUGCAGCGCGUUUGUGACAUUCACAUCUACUCUCACUGUGAAAAUGCCAUGUCUGUCUGGGCAAUGGAGAUAGAUAUCAAAGGUUGGCUCCAGUUCAUCAUUAUGUAUACUGUAUAUACAUACACAUACAUAAUUGAUUGUCAAACAUUAUGAUCUUAUUAAUGCAUAUUUUAUUGUGUUGUCAGCACCUUGGGUUAAUUGAUUAGCUAAACCUGUUUUCACAAGACUAAAUGGGAAUGCUGGCCAAAAUCCAUUUCUAACUUUAACUUGCGACAUGAUAUAUGCUUCUAACUAUAGCAAUAUUUAUUUAGGGGACACCCAUAAAUUUCGUAAUGCGUGCAAGGGUGGGGGGGGGGGCACCACUGUAUUACAAGUGUCUAAUUUGUGUUAAAAAUUUUUGACAUGGGUUGUGGUGGUAGAGGAAAGAGAGAUUUAAAAAAUCAAUUUGUAUUGUUAUACUUAAAACCAUUUCUAGUUUUUCUGGUUCUUUCUUGUCAUAAUUUAUGAAUUCCAUAUGAAAAUAAAUUUAAGUUAAGUAAAAUAAAAGAUCUGUAUUCUAUAUAAAUAUAAAAUACGUUUCUUUCUGAAUAAGAUAAGACAAUUACUCUUUGAAAACAUACUGAAUACAAUGUACCAUAAAUAGAUGGUCAAGCUUGAAACUUUAUAUAUUCCACUUUGUUUUCCAACAGAAGUCACCAAGGAGAUGAAGGUGAUCCUUGUCUAAAGACAUGAGUAAUCUUCUGAAGAUGAAGUCCAUGUUGUGUAGUGUAAUGUCUUUCAUCCCCAAUGACAGCUUGCUGCAGAUAUGAGAGGAUGUUGCGGCUUUUAUUCUUUUCCAUUUUUAUUUUUUAAAGUUUCUGUAUUUAAAAUGAGGUUGACACUAAAAAUUAAAAUAUAAAUUAAUGUGAAAAUAGAAAAGUACAAAAUUUAAAUAGCUCAUACUUAUUAUGCAUUUUUUAAAUUAAGGCAACGCAGGCCUUUUUAAACUUAUUUUUAAAAUGUUUUAUGUUUGGCUAUUGAACUCAGAACAUAGGAAAAUAAAAAUCCAUCUCUGUGAUAAAAAUUUGAGAUUAUUGAUUGCUUCAUUGGCACAACAAGAGAUGAUUUAAGUCUUAGUUUUUAAAAAUCCAUUUGUAACUUUUGAUGUAGCUUAUUAGAAACAGUUUGCUACCUAUGCUAAUGCAUGGUAGUUAACAUUGUAAAUAUUACUACUAAUCUCAACUAUACACACAUAUUUAUACUCUUGUACAAAUAUUAACUUUUCUUGUUGAAAUCUCUCCUUAAAAUUUUUUUAAAAUUUGGCUUGCUCACCAUUUUAAACUUCUUUUGGAACAGACUUCAAAAUAUUUGAAAUCAGACCUGAUAUGUUAUAUAUAUUUUUUACAGUUAAGCAGCUUAACUUAGUUGAAUUUUUUAAUCUUAUGGCUUUAUAAAAUUUAAUUUUUAAAUGUUAUCUGUUACUUGCUGAAGUAAUCAAAUUUUAUUUUUAUGUUGUAUGUUUAAUAUAAUCAGUACUUACUGCACAUUUUUGUAAGUUUCUUUUCAUGUUUAAAAAAAGUUUUAAUUUAAAAAAAACAAACGCGCUAUCAGAACAAAUUUUUUUUUUUUUGUAUUAAGAUAUAAACUGAUUGUUAUAUACAGUAGCAAUUGUGAAAAGAUCAUUGAAUAUUUUAUAUUUCAGAUAGUUUAGCCAUCUCUUGGUACAGAAAGAUAUAGCAACUUUUCCCCUAAUGUUUUAUGAACACUUAUACCAUUUGUAAUAUGUAGUAUUCAACUAAAAUUGUAACUUUUUAAAAUAGAUCUAGAAUUAUUUUGUGUGAAUUGUUUUUUGCAUACAUCAAAUUUUUGUUUGUUGAAAACUUUAAUUUUAAUGUUGGCUAUUUUAAAAUUUAAUAUAUGUUAAAUUAUUAGGAGGAAGAAAAAAUAUAAUUAAACUGUUGGUGUUUCAUUCAGUAUGUUGAUUCAAAGUAAUGAUUAUUACAGUAAGAACAUUCCAUUUUUUAAAAUAAUGCUAUUUUUUAAAAUAAUGCUAAUUUUUUAAAUAUAUUAUUCUCCCAAGAUAAAAAAGAAAACACUUAGUAGUUAGUAUUUUGGUCUAUGCAAAGAAAUACUAUAUAUUGAAUAAAAAGUUUUCAUUAAAUGUUC